AUGGGCAAGGAGAAGCAGAGAAUCAACCUCGUCGUCAUUGGCCACGUCGACUCUGGCAAAUCGACCACAACUGGUCAUUUGAUCUACAAGCUUGGCGGUAUUGACAAGCGCACCAUUGAGCGCUUCGAGAAGGAGUCGAGCGACAUGGGCAAGGGCUCUUUCAAGUACGCCUGGGUGCUGGACAAGCUGAAGGCUGAGCGCGAACGCGCGGCCGAGCGCGGUGGUUACGAAAUCGCCAUUAGCAAGAACGGACAGACUCGCGAGCACGGUCUGUUGGCUUUCACGCUCGGUGUUCGCCAGAUGAUUGUGGGCGUCAACAAGAUGGACACGGUCGACUAUGAGGAGGACCGCUUCCGCUCUAUCGAGAAGGAGGUCGGAAGCUACUUGAGCCGCGUCGGCUACAACCUUUCGACGAUCAAGUUUGUCCCGAUCUCUGGUUUCAUUGGCGACAACAUGAUUGAGAAGUCUGCGAAGAUGCCGUGGUACAAGGGCCCGACUCUCGUCGAGGCUCUCGACUCUGUCGAAGUGCCGAAGCGCCCGGACGACAAGCCGCUGCGCUUGCCGCUGCAGGACGUUUACAAGAUCGGCGGCAUCGGCACAGUCCCGGUUGGUCGUGUUGAGUCCGGCAUCUUGAAGCCUAACAUGACCGUUUGCUUCGCGCCGUCGGGCAUCACCACUGACGUCAAAUCCGUCGAGAUGCACCAUGAGCAGGUUGAAGCUGCUAUGCCUGGUGACAAUGUUGGCUUCAACGUCAAGAACGUCGCUGUUAAGGACAUUCGCCGAGGCUACGUUGCGUCGGACGCUAAGAACGACCCCGCGAAGCCUGCGUCAAUGUUCCAGGCACAGAUCAUCGUCAUGCAACACCCUGGUGUCAUCAAGGCCGGCUACACACCGGUUCUCGACUGCCACACGGCGCACAUUGCUUGCCGCUUCACUCACUUGGUGACCAAGCUUGACAAGCGCACCAACAAGGCACUCGAACAAACGCCGGAGAGCAUCAAAAACGGCGACAGCGCUGUUGUCAAUCUGGAGCCGACGAAGCCGAUGUGCAUCGAGUCCUACAAGGAGUAUCCGCCGCUCGGCCGUUUCGCUAUUCGCGACAUGCGUGUGACCGUCGCCGUCGGUGUUGUGCGUUCUGUUGAGAAGAAAGAAUACACCACCAAGGGCAAGAAGUAA